AUGUCUUGUGUUAUGCUCUUUGCUCUUUCUUGUCUGAUUGCUGCUGCAUCAGCAUCAAAUUGCGAUUCGAGCCAGAAGCCGAACACGUGGGCGAAUGUUGCCGCCGAGCACGUGUUCUUCAACGCCUGGCAGCCAUCCAACGAUCUUCCAGGAUUCUGUGUGAAUAAUGAUUUUAUGACCAGCAUGUUGAAUUAUUCGUCGCAUGUCUCUUUGAAGAAUUCGAAAGCGAAAAAAUCUCAGGAGACCAUCACAAAUAAGGACAUUGCGAAAUCGAAUUGUGGAAAAUCACAAAAAGAAGUUGUUUGGUGUGUUUCCCACUGUCAGAACAAGGAUCUAGAGAAUACCAUCAUCUCCGCCGCCAUUGUUAAUGGAUCCCUUCCCUUGGCCAUCGCCGAAGAGGUCUUCCUGAAGAUCGGAUCGCCCAAGGAUGUGAGCAUCGCUGCUGUUCAAAUCGAUCAAUCAAAUCCAGAUGUCAAGGUCACCUACGACUACUAUGAUGAUUUCAAUUUCUGCUCUGUGAAUCUUAAGAUCAAGACGAGUUUGGCAUUCCCAUUCACAACACUUCUCACUGUGCAGAACGUGAUCGUUUAA